AUGCCUAUGUCAAAGAGGCUAUCAAAUCGUUUUAGGGCCAUUGUUCGAAUUACCCGCAUAUGUGCGGACAUCUGUGGAGCCGAUGUAUUCGACCCUAAAUUUCGCAUCAACAUUAGAACCAUUCUCGUUCUAGUGAUCAUUCAAUUGAGCAUUGUAUUUAUGGCCUAUACAGUUUAUGUGGGUUUCAAUGUCGAUGGCGACUGGAAGGUUAUACUGCAGGUCUUAAGCGUUGGCGGUUGCACUUUGGUGCAAGGCUAUUGCAAAUUGGUCAACUGCCUACGUGAGAAGAAUAAUUUUCGAUUUCUCAUAAAUGAGCUCAAUUCCCUGUAUGAGAAAUAUGAGCAAAAUGAUGCCGAUUGUCGACUUUUUUUAUACAAAGGCAUACAGCAAUUAACCUUCAUUAUGAAACUUUCUGCCUUUGUCGUUAUUCUUAUGGUAGUAGGCAUGGGUUUGGUGACUCUGGUGCUUUCAGUGGUCUUUAAUACGCAUGUCCUAAUUGUACAAUGCCUUAUUCCCGGUUUUGAUCCAACAACGGGAAAGGGCUUUUUGUGGAUCAACAUUAUUCAAAUAUGGUUUAUUGCCGUUGGCGGCUUUGGAUUUUAUGCCGGCGAUAUGGCUUUCUUCACGCCUUUAUCACAAAUUUCAACAUUCCGGGGAAUAUUGAAAUGCAAAUUUUGCGACUUGAACGAAACAUUAGCAGAUGAGCCUGGCAAUAAAGAAAAAUCAUUUAAUGGUGUAAAGGAUAUUCUCAUAUUUCAUCAACGAUAUAUAGUGUUUUUAGAAGUUACCCGGGACACUUACUAUUGGGUGAUACUCGUUCAAAUCGGAACAUAUUCCAUUGGCAUUAUUUGCACCAUGUUCUCCAUUCAUUUGGGUACCUGGCCCGGUGGCUAUGUCUAUAUGAUUUAUUGUUUUGUAAUGAUGUUGGUCUACUGCCAUAUGGGCUCUUUGGUGGAAAUAACCAAUGAAGGUGUUGUUUCUAGUUGCUAUAAUGAUGUUAACUGGUAUGAACUCUCCGUGUCAGAGCGAAGGAUGUUACACACAAUGCUAAGAAUGGCCCAAAAUACUGCGGGGCUAACCAUAGGCUCUGUUUUACCAUUGUCGAUGAACACAGUCGAACAACAAGACAAGGCAUCAAACGCAAAUGCUUUCGCAGACGAGUGUGCGCUUCAUGCAACAUCGCCAGCAGCACAACAACAGGCAGUAGGCAGUCACAAAUGCGGUAAAAAAAAACUCUCUUUGUGCAAUGAACUGCAUGGCUGA